AUGCCUCCCACGCCAUCAUUCGCAAACAAUGAUGCCCGGCCUCCACAUCCGACUAUGCCACCACCACCACCACCUUCCAGGCCACCAAUUGACUGUCUCAGUCCAAUUUUCAGUCCGAAAGUGACAAGUCCCUUGAUGGAGACGAGGCCCCAUGAAGAGUCCCAGCCACAGGGACAGGGGAGCCCGUGGGAAGAGGAGCUUCGGCGGCACAAGAAGCUUCUGGAGCAGUUCCCGGCUGAGUCGGAGGCGCGCCAUGGUGUCCCCAAACUUUCCCGUUCGCACCGUUCUUUAGGAAACAUUCGUGCCCGCUCACGGUCCCUUUCUCGUGCCGCGGGAACCGCUUUCUAUGACGACGCUGCCAUUGCUGGACCUCGGCUGUCUCACCGUGCUUCCUCGUUCAGCCUGCGCGGAUCCAACAUGCAACGUCCAUCAACAGCCAAAGGUUCACAAGAUGCAGAGAACCGGGCGCCAAAAGCACAGCCCUCGCAAACUUCAGGAAAUGCCCCACAAUGCUCAGUGUUCGAGGACGAUUCAGACGAGGAGGGUGACACUGUUCGCAAAUUUGUUCGCAAUCUUUUUACCCGCCGCACCCGCAACGGUGAGAUGCCAAUGGCCACCUCGAGCACGACGGAACAGGCUCGUGAGGUCCCAUCAAGCUCCAAGCACUCUGUGUCGUCGACCAAGCCCAGAGACACCAAUGGUCAUAACGACCGGAAGACGAACCAUAGCGCUUCGUCGAAUUUCUCUAUUGCUACGACUGUGGGUGCAAGCACAGUUUUUUCUACUACCACAACGAUUGAUCCGUCGAGCGCAGAUGCCUGCCACUACGGCUGCGGGGUUGAAUGCCCUCACGAAGGGGAGAACUCCUCGUCACCUCGGUCGUCGUCGGACCACUCUCGCCACCACCAAAAAGGACCUCUCCUCAGUCGCAUGUUUGUUCGCCGCAGCCAUUGA